AUGUCGGCGGAACCCAAACUAAACAUGCUACAUGCACCAGAUCCCAUGGAGGCAGUCGUUGACAUAGUUGCUGUUCAUGGAUUGAGCGCCCAGGCUUCCUCGUGGUUAUCACUGUUGCUUCCUCGCGAUCUGCCUGGCGACAGGCUUUCCACCUUCGGUUACGACUUCGCCCUCAGGCGCAGUGAUCCAAUUGAGAAGCAGGGCCAUUACCUACUGGAAGCUAUUUACCAACCACAAAGUGCCGACAAUACUCUUGACCGCCCGCUGGUCUUCAUCGCCCAUAGCCCAGGAGGUCUCAUUGUCAAACAGGCAUUGAUCUGCUCACAAACACGUGCGGAUGAUCUAGCUUCCCGCGAUGUACAAGUCCGCAACUUCGCCCAGCAUGCGAAAGGCAUAGUCUUCAUCGGUACUCCCCAUUGUGUCAACGAGCGCGCCGAUUGA